UUAUCGGGCCGAAUAUCGAUCAAAGUUCUCACAAGAAUGUUGGAUUUGCUGCAAUCAAUCUUUUUUCCAUUCCACAUUCAACUUGGGGUUCGUCCUAGCUGUGACCUAUGUCAGACUCACUUGAGUCUCGAAGCGAAUCCCUUGAUGACAUAGAGGCUUUGGAAGAGCUCCUUAGCUUUGUGCCUCCACCUCUCCGGCAGGACCCAGACUCAGACGUUCCUGCAUCAGACUGGUCGCCCGUCACGUUCUUCGACAAACACUUGGACGAUUCCCUCAUUCUCAAACGAGUCAAAGUCCUUCCUCGUCUUGUCUCCACCCUUUCUGAAGCUCUUGACGAGCAUGUUUCGUCGUUCAAGUCCCGAGGCAAACCAUUCUAUUCUCCCUACAUACUCGUCAGACACGUUCCUUACAAUAACACUGUCGUUGCCACCGCGUCUGAUAUUUCUAGACGCUUCUGCGAAGGAGGGCACCCCUUCAUUCAAGCUGCAUCUGUGCUUGCCCUCCACCCUCAUCAAUCCGAACUAAAGAGUGUCUUUGUAAUGUCAGGAAGACCGGCAGAUGAACCACCGGAUUUCCAUUCAGAACAAUACACUCUACAACAUACUAUUGAAACAGGGACAUUGAUGUCUGCCUUGUUAGGGAGUUUGGACGAUGAUCGAAAGGCCCUUCUUCUAUCCGUACUGAAAAGCUUCCCUCGCUUGGCAAUAUACGAGGCGUACGCUCUCUCCGGAAAGAUAGUCCUAGAGGAAAUGUCAGGAUUGUCGACUUAUGAUGUUUUUCCCUGGAAGAAAGGGGGAGGAUCACGGUAUCGACAAGUUUCUCACCAAGUCCCACCUCCAGACUCGGACGCGUCGAAGUAUCUUUGGGAAACGGAGCCAUCUGAUCACAGUAUGCAGAUGGAGGCACCGUCUCGCCUCCGUCGUAGCGAGCGACUGAAAAAGUCGGCUGUAGAUACCUCAACUUCGCACAAGAAACCUGAGCGUCGCCCUAUCUCGAAGCCUUCUCAUAAAGCGGCCGCCACCACGCAGUCUAUAAUAGCGCCCAAAAAAACUGCGAGCCAUAGGUAUACGGCAAAUGCCGCUGAUUUUAUACAACGUGCUUGGGCUCACGCUGUUGACUGUGACUCGACCGUAAUCAUAUUUGAUUGCGGAAAUUAUCUAAGAGUAGGAAUUCGACAUCGCAAAACCCAGACCUUGUAUUUAUCCGAUCUGGUGGAUGUUUGCAGUCAUACAGAUCCUGCAUAUGGCAAGCUCUUGGUGGGAAUAUAUCUGGCGAUCAUACGCGAUGCUAUGGAUCGUGCGCCCUUGCUCGAUAAAUCGCUCACUAAGACGGACAAGCAUUCGACUCGAAUGACUUCGCGUAAACGUCGACGCGACAGAGAUGAAGUGACGCCCGUCCGACGGUCUCGUCGGAAGCUUGGAGAAUCGAGCGAAGAAGUCGAGCCAGAUGUGAUCCUUUCCGAACUGAGCACCCGCAAUGUAGCCCUUCUAUAUCUUGAGGAUGGGAGAUUUAAUUCUCCACUGCCGUCAUUUUUCAGACGAGCAGGAAGCUCCAGUCGGAAGAGAUCUUUUCGGUACGAUGAGUGUUUGGCACUGGUGCUUCUGAAGAAGAUAGGUGAGGGGGCAGUUGGAGAAGCUUAUGAGGCGUCUCUCGAAGUGGAUCUCAGCGCCGGCAACGUAGCUCGUCAUCCUCACAAGGUGAUAGUCAAGCUUGCCUUCCAUGAGGAGCAGACAGAGAGACUCCGGCACGAAUACAGUAUAUACCGCUAUCUCUCGACUGGGCCGAACCAAGUGAAGAAUAUUCCUCGUGCUUUUGGAUUUUUUGAAGACGUCGAAUCCGAAGCAGGGGUGCUCAUCUUGAGUCAUGCCGGUGUGGCACUAGCGUACCGCUCCACUCCCCCGGGUACAGGUAUCGAAGUCUCUGAUGAAGAAAGGGCCACAUUCAUACAAAUAUUAAAAUCCAUACAUGCAGCAGGCGUUGCUCAUGGUGACAUCAGAUCCUGGAACCUUCUUGAAGAUGAUAAGGGAGGACUCUUCAUAGCUGAUUUCGACAGGGCGAAAAUACAUGGUUCAAGACGUCAAAUGGCAGCGGAGCUGGAGCGCAUUGGCAACCUACUAGAUGGAGAAAAUAUAGACGACAACUCUGUAACUAGCUAUCCCGCAUCAUCAUGAUUGUAAACAGGCAGGGAGUCGUUUCGGUCUUCACCGGGGUUGAUGCUCAUCACGACGCGCAUCACUCUUUCUUUUGUCCGGGUUGGCUUUUUCAUAUACACAUCUCAGCUAUGUAGAGGUCCCUUUCCUUCACCCUCUCGCAAGCUGCUCACAGCUUUAAUGUAUAUAUACGAGUCGUACAACGUCGACAGUUCAACGUU